AUGGAACCAGCCCCAGGUUCUCCAAUAGGUAUAAUGCACGAUUGGUACCCAACCAACAAGUCACAAUACAAUGAUAUGCAAAUGUUAAACGCAAAAAAGUCCCACAUUAAAGUUCCCUUCAUGCAGACAGGAGAAUGUCUUCAUGGCGUCGGUUCAUUCAAGCAAUCCAUGUUUCCCCAAGCGAUCGGAAUGGCCGCCUCAUUUGAUACUGAUCUGGUACACCGAGUUGGCCGAGCAAUCGCGACCGAAGCAAGAUCAAUUGGUAUUCAUGCGUGCUUUGCGCCAGUUCUUGAUCUUGCAAAAGAUCCCAGGUGGGGCCGAGUUCAGGAGGACUGGGGCGAAGAUAUGGUUCUAACAUCCCACAUGGGUGUUGCGCUUGCUUCUGGUUUAUCGAAAAACAGCACAUGGUCUGACCCCGAUGCAGUGGUUCCGGUUAUGAAGCAUUUCGCAGCGCAUGGAAGUCCGCAGGGAGGUCAUAAUGCAGCGCCCUUCAUGGGAUACGGAACACGAGAGGUACUUCAAGAGAUGCUCGUUCCGUUCAAAGCCGCUGUGGAUAUGGGUGGAGUCAGAGGUGUCAUGAUGGCAUACAACGAGUUUGACGAUGUGCCUUCUUCGGUGAAUCCCCUUCUUUACCAAGCUCUCGAGGACUGGGGAUAUGAUGGAUUCAUAACAGCGGAUGAUACUGCGGAUACAAUUGAGCAAUGGCACCAAGCGGGUGGAAUGGUUCAAUUCUAUGACUUCCCUCUAAGUCAAUAUGUUGAGUCAACAAUCUCCUCAGUCUCAAAUGGCACGCUCACUUUGUCCGAACUUCAGUCCCUCGUCAAGCGUAUCCUAGGAGUAAAAUAUGACCUAGGCCUUUUCGACGACCCAUAUAUCGGAGAUGAUAUAGACUCUCAAGAGAUCACUGACUCUCACGUUCCUCUAACCCUAGAAGCAGCCCAGAAGAGUAUCGUAUUACUCGAAAACAGAAACUCAACCUUACCGCUGAAUCCCGAUAAACAUAAUUUAAAAAACAUCGCUUUAAUAGGACCAUUCAGCGACACAUUCAACUACGGAGAUUAUUCAGGCCAGUUCGGCGGCUAUCCAGUCCGGAACGCAAGCACGAUCAGAGAAGGCAUUACACAACAUCUUGCUUCCAAAUUCCCCGAAACGAAUCUUCUCACUAGCUGGGGCGCAAAUUCAUGGAGCUACAACGAACAAUACAACAUACCACCUUAUCUACUCUCCGCGAACGGCACCUCGGGCGGACUACUGGCAACCUAUUACGCCGAUACAAAUUUCACCGAUGCAAGGGUUCAGAAGAUUGAAACACCAAGUCUAGACUGGGGACUAUACCCGCCAUAUGGACUUCCAUCGAAUAAUUUCAGUGCUACAUGGGAGGGAGAAAUAGAGGUCCCCGUUGAGACUGAAACUAAUGGCUGGUUCGGCGUAGCAGUUUAUGCCAAUACUUCUGCCAAGCUGUAUAUUGACGGCGUUGAGCAUGUGUAUGUUAAGCCAACCACCGCAGGAAAUCUUCUCUCAAACAUUCCUGGCCUUUCAUAUACUUCGGUGAAUGAGACAGUUGCACCGCCUGGUUCGGCAACUUUCCAGUUUAAAAAGGGAGCUAAACACAAGAUCAGAUUGGAGUAUCAAGCUUGGAACUACGUGCAAAAGUUGGAGAAUGUCAACUCUCUCAAUGCCCAGGUUAUUUUAUUCUGGAAUCUGGUUGAUCCCGUUCAUGCCGUUGAUCAGGCAGUCGAAGUUGCUAAAGCAUCAGAUGUAGUGAUUUUGGCGCUUGGUGCAAACUGGAAUAGUGAUGGAGAGUCAGGAGAUCGUGCGACACUUGGAUUUUCUCCAAAUCAAACAUCUCUGGCAAAUGCCAUUUAUAAUUUGGGCAAACCAGUAAUUCUCGUUUUGCAAGGAGGUCGUCCUUUUGCAAUCCCAGAAUACUAUAAUCAAUCGGCUGCAGUUCUCAAUACUUUCUUUCCUGGUCAAUCUGGCGGACAGGCCAUCUCAGAUGCCCUUUUCGGUGUCAUCAAUCCGGGCGGCAGGGUACCUAUCAGCGUCCCUUUCGAUGUUGGUACAUUACCUUGUUUUUACAAUUACAAACCAUCUGUUCCCCGACCGUAUACGGAUAUUGCAUACUCACCAAUCUACCCAUUCGGCUAUGGCCUCUCGUUUACAAACUUCUCAACCUCGAACUUCAAGGCUAUCAGCAAUUAUCAACAGGAUAGUAACGGGCAAAACUUCGGCUCCAAAUCCAACAUUACAUUCUCUGUCGAUGUCACAAAUUCGGGUAAUCUCGACGGAAGCUAUGUAGCGCAGAUCUAUCUCUUAGGUCGCGUUUCUUCCAUUGUACGCCCAGUGAAGCAGCUCGUCACUUUUUCUCGGGUAUAUCUAUCCGCCGGGGAGAGCAAAACGCUUUCUAUGAGUCUAGAUGUGAGUCGGUACCUUAUUAUCCUGGAUCGCAAGUACGAUUGGAAGGUGGAGUUGGGGGAAUAUACCUUUGCGUUGCUGGAUCAUGGAGGAAGUGAUGCUGAUACUUCAGCGAAUGUCACUAUGAUGUGUGUUGAGUGA